AAUCACUAUAUAUUCAUCAUCCUGUUACAGCAAUCGCAUUGCUUCUGUCGGUGCUGGGAAGAUAGCGUCUCACUGAGCUGGGAACAGCAAGAGGGGAAAUAGCAGUAAGCCAGACAAGGAUAAGAUACCAGAGGACAAAUAGAAAAGCCACGAGCCUCUCCUGUAGGACACAGCCCACGGACAGGCUGCAGACUGGGCACUAUGAGGCUAUUACAAAUUCUUGCACUGAUUUCUGCUUUUCAGUCUGUACAUUUAGCUAUAAACUCACUGGUACAGCUGAAAAAUAAUGGAUAUGAAGAUAUUAUUAUAGCAGUUAAUCCCCAAGUGCCUGAGGAUGGGAAGAUUAUUGAGAAAAUAAAGGAAAUGCUGACCGAUGCAUCUUCUUACUUAUUCCAAGCUACUAAAAAAAGACUUUAUAUAAGGAGUGCAAAAAUUUUGAUCCCCAAUACUUGGGCAUCCAAUAGUUCAUACGGAAGGCCGAAAUUAGAAUCAUAUGACAAGGCAGAUGUAAUCGUUGCAUCACCUUUUAUCCAUGGGGACGACCCCUAUACUUUACAGUUUGGAGGUUGUGGAGAAAAGGGAAAAUACAUUCAUUUUACUCCUAACUUCCUUGUAAAUGAUGAGAAAAUGCUACCAAUAUAUGGACCAAGAGGGAGAGUUUUCGUGCACGAGUGGGCUCACCUUCGUUGGGGCGUCUUUGACGAAUACAACUAUGAUCACCCUUACUAUCUUUCUGAAAAACAAGUAAUUGAAGCAACAAGGUGCCCUUUGAAGAUGAAAGGCUCAAAUCUAAUAGAUGUAUGCCAAAGGGGGGUUUGCCAUUUGGAACCUUGUGGAUAUGACAUCAAUACUGGGCUCUAUGAAGAGGACUGCAGAUUUUAUCCUGACAUGGAUAACUUUGUGGAUGAAUCUAUUAUGUAUGGCCAAGUGCUGGAACCUGUACAUGCCUUCUGUGAUAGCAGUAGCCAUAACUCAGAGGCUCCCAACCAACAAAACCGCCUGUGCAGUCAACAAAGCACAUGGGAUGUCAUCAGUAAGUCUUCUGACAUACAAUCCAGUCCUCCAUUAAUGGAAUCAAACAUUCCAGCUCCUAUUAUUUCUCUAUUGCAAUACAAGGACAGAGUGGUCACUUUGGUUCUGGAUAUAUCUGGAAGCAUGACAAUUGCUAACCGCAUCACCCGGCUAUAUCAAGCAUCAGAAUUAUACAUCAUGCAAAUAGUGGAGCAGGGCGCUUACGUUGGUAUUGUUGUGUUUAGCACUGUGGCUGAGACCAAAUCCCAACUAGUUAAAUUAACUGAUACUUUCCAACGGGAAAGUCUGAAGUUAAAGCUUCCAACUGCAGCAACUGGUGGUACAAACAUAUGUGCUGGAGUUCGACGAGGUCUGGAGGUAAAUAGAAAUCUUGAUCAGAGCACACAUGGCACAGAAAUUGUGCUGCUAACAGAUGGAGAAGAUUCUGGAAUUAGUGGUUGUUUUUCUGAAGUUACUAAGAGCGGAGCCAUUAUUCACACAAUAGCUCUUGGAAACAAAGCAGACGCGGGUCUUGAAACGCUAGCAGAGCUCACGGGUGGCCUAAAACUGUAUGCGUCAGAUGAAGUCGGUGAAAACGGCCUGAUUGACGCUUUCAGUGGGAUUGUGUCCAGCACUGGGAAUGUAACUCAGCAGUCCCUGCAGAUUGAAAGUUCUGCUACACAAGUCAAACCAAACAGUUGUUUAGAUGGCAGAGUAGAUAUUGACAAGACUGUGGGAAAUGACACUUUCUUUUUGGUCACUUGGGAUUCUGCAAUCCCCAACAUAUCUCUGACUGAUCCAAAUGGAAAAGUUUAUACAGAGGCUGGUUUUAAAAGUGAUCAAGUUUCAAAAUCAGCUCGCCUCCUUAUUCCUGGCAUGGCACAGAUUGGAACAUGGCAUUACAGACUUUGUAGCACUGUUGUAACUGAUCAAGUAAUUGGCAUAACGGUCAAUUCCCGAGCAUCAAAUGAAGAUGUGCCACCCAUAGUUGCAGAGGCUUACAUGAGUGAUGAUUCCAGCACAUACCCUAAGCCAAUGAUUGUGUAUGCAAUAGUUACUCAGGGACUUUCACCUGUUUUGGGGGCAAAAGUUACUGCUGUUAUUGAGCCACAGAAUGGAAACAUUCAAACGUUGCAGCUUUUGGAUAAUGGAGCAGGUGCGGAUAUUAUCAAGAAUGAUGGUAUCUAUUCCAAAUAUUUUGUUCAGUUCUCUGGGAAUGGUAGAUACAACUUAAAAGUUCGUGUAGAAAGCAAAGAUCAAAACUCAAACCUUGCAGCAUCAGCAAGUCGUGCCCUUUACCUGCCUGGCUACAUUGUGAAUGGCACUGUAUUCCGUAACCCUCCAAGGCCCAAAGAUACUGUUAUUGAAGACCAGAGUUUAGGGAACUUCACCAGGACGGUUUCAGGUGGUGCCUUUACUGUAACCAAUGUGCCAUCAGGGCCUCUACCAGACAUGUUUAAACCUGAGAGAAUUACUGAUCUGGAUGCAAAAAUUAAGGGGAAAGAAGUCGAAGUAACUUGGACAGCCACUGGUGACGACCUGGACCAAGGAAAUGCUUCAAUGUAUGAUUUAAGAAUGAGCCUCAAUUCUAAGGAUCUUUUAGAAAACUUUGAGAAUGCGACCAACGUAAAUGUCACCCAUCUCACUCCACAGGAGGCUGGUGCCAGAGAAACCUUUACAUUCACACCAGAGAAUAUUGUCAUAAAAAAUGGCACCAUCAUUUUUUUUGCACUGAUUGCCUUUGAUGAAGCUGGACUGAAAUCAGACACCUCUAACUUAGCAAGGGCAACUUUCUUUGUACCACAGACUAACCCAGGCAAUGGCUCAAAUCACAGCAAUUUUAAUACACUGACCAUUAUAUUGGUGGGACUGAUGGUUAUGUUAACACUGGUGAUUAAUUCGGCAGUUUUAGAUAUUGCUUGCUAAACUGGAACCAAGACUGCAAGAAGAACACUAAGCACAGAGAUCAACAUUAAUGCCUUUCUUCUGGUGGUAUAAGAAAUGUACAGUCAGAUCAGUGACUAAAAAGCACCAGCUGCAAUGGAUAUGUCUCUUCCAUUGAAGAGACGAAAUACACUGUGAGCAACAUGAGCCCAAUGAAUAGGUCUUGCACUGGAUAAUGCAUUCUACCUAUUGUUUUAAUGUAAGCUCCAUAGGAUUUAUUAUUUUUACACUAUAUAAUGCAACUUAACAGAAACUAAAAAAAACACUUUUACACUGGAUUCCACUUUUAAGCUCAUCAUUGCAGUUGUGGACUGAAGAGCAAGGACUUUAUACCGCCCCCCUCACUUUGAAAUGAGCCUAUUCAGUAGGGCUUAUGUAGGAACGUUGCAUAAGCACUAUCUGAACUUUCAGAAAUUGUUUUAGACAGACAUACCUCAUUUCACAGAUUGCCUGUUUCUGCUGGAUGUGAUUAUUUCCUUAAACCCUUUAAACACACGGUGUAUAGCAACCCCUCCUUCACAUUGCUCCAUUAUGAAAUCUAGGACUUGAAGUCCCUCUGCUUUUCAAAGAACAUGUGCACCACCCACUAUGGAAAGCAGAGGGACUCCAAGUUCCAGAAUCCAUUGCGUCAAAAUGGAACAACUUGAGGUAGGGGAUCAAUUACACCGUAAACCUAAGGGAUGUUGGUAUGGUUUGUCAGAAUGUCAUGGUUUCCCUCUAUCUAUAGAAUCAGGUAUGUUUGUGUACAAACAAAUACAAUACAAUUUAUUUUUGAAA